AUGAUAUUCUGUACGGACAAAACUUUAAUUUAUGAAUAUGAAGAGAAUACCGAUUUAGUCCUUUCAUGUUAAUUUGUCUCUAACGAGUGCUUAAUAGCUUAAAAGUCUGGAGACAUUAUUAAAUGCUAAUAUUGUGAAGGUGAAGAAUGUUCGUAAUCAUUUAGUACUUUAAAUCAUUAUUUAGGUUGUGGAAAGAAUUGUGCGAGUUGCGGAUCAAGUUUUUGUGCAACAUGUAAGGAAGGGUUUUCUUCCUCUAAUAGUACAGAUUUAAGUUGUAGUUUAGCCUGCUAAGCAACACAUUUGAGUUGUUCAAAUGAUAAUGGUGUAUACUCAUUUUAAGGGUGCAGAAAAGGUUAUGAACUGGUUGACAAUUAAUGCGUUGCAUGUUCGUUUAAAUGUGCUUAAUGUGUUACUGGCGUUUGUACUGCAUGCCAGUUUCAGUAUUUUUUAAAAGACGGUUAAUGCUUUGGAGAUAUAAAUUGCACUAGAUUUGAUUAUAAUUAUGAUCCCAAUACUGGAUUAGCUGUUGGAAUAACUUGCUAAGUAUGCGACUUCGGAUAUUUUUAUAAUCCAAGUCAACAAAAAUGCACUCUCUGUAAAUUACAGCCUGGUUUGGAAAGAUGUCUUAUUUGUUUUAAUGCUACAGAAUGCAAGAUUUGUGUGGGAAUAUCCGUAUUAACUGCUGAUAAGAAAUGCACGACAUCUCUAUUGUCUAGUUGCUCUUCAAACUGUUAAACCUGCCUUUAUAGUGAUCCUAGUUACUGUACAACAUGCUAUUUGUAAGAAAAAUUUCAGACUUCAAAAGUUACCCCUGGAAAAUGUGUUUGUGAUUAACAAAGAGGCUACUUCGAUAAGGAUGGUGAAUGCGCAUUUUGUAAAAGUGGGUAAUGCGAUACUUGCGGUAAAGAUUAUUAUGAAUGCCUAUCUUGUAAGACGAUAACAAAUAGAAUCCUAUUGAAUGCUCAAUGCAUUUGUAAACAAGGAUAUUAUGAGACUGGUUUGGGAAAUUACAUAUGUUAAAAAUGCUAUGCCAAUUGCUAUAAUUGUAAAGGACCUUAUAAUAAUGAUUGUACAGAAUGUGGAGAUCCUAGUAUCUAUUUUAAAUUCUUUGAUAAUGGGUCAUGUUUUUGUGAAGAAGGAAAAUAGUUGAAAAUUCUAUCUGAUGGAAAUAGCAUUUGCAUAUGUAAUGAUAUUAAUAUCAAAUCAGCUUGUCAUCCUAGAUGCUAAAAAUGUUCUUAGCCAUAUGAUGCUUCAACAAAUCAAUAUUGUACUAUGUGCAUCCCGAGCCAAAAUAGAGUAUUAUCUAUAGAUUACAAAUGUGUUUGUUCAGAUGGAUAUGGAAGUGAUGGAAUCUAAGAUAUUUGCAUUAAGUGCCACUAUACAUGUAAGAGUUGUAAAGGACCUCUUGAAAUUGAUUGUCUAAACUGUUCCUCCGUUGCCCAUAGAUAUUUGACAAACGACAAUAAAUGUGCUUGCACCUAAGCCUAUUAUGAUCCUGGUUUCUAGGAUCCAUUUUGUUAUUUAUCUUGUCAUCAUUCUUGUUCUAAUUGCAAUGUUUAAGGUUAAGAUAAAUGCACUUCAUGUCCUCCUACAAGGUAAGCUGAUUAAGUUGGAACUACCUUCUAAUGUCUUUGCAAAGAUCCACAUUAUUAUAGUGAUCAAACCCUAUUAGAAUGUUAACCAUGCCAUCUAACAUGCAAAACUUGUAAUGGCAGUUAUGAAACAAAUUGUCUAUCUUGCGAUACUACUACUAAUAGGGAAUUGGUUAUUUCGAAAUGUGAUUGCUAACCUGGGUUUUACAGCACAGGCAGUCUUUAGUGUUCGUAGUGUCAUUAUACCUGUUUAACAUGUUUUUCUUUGGAUGAAGAUAGUUGUAUCACUUGCUCUUCAGAAAAAAAUAGAGUUAUGAAAGCAAACAAAUGUAUCUGCAUGAAUAAUACAAUGUAAUAAUAAAAUGCAGACUCAAUGUGUUAAAAUUGUUCAUAUCGUUGUUCCUCUUGUUCUGUGAAGCCUGAAAAUUGCACAACAUGUCCUGAUUUAUCGGAACGUACCUUAGGGACUGAUAAUUCAUGUUAAUGUCCAGCUUAUUAUUAUGAUUAACCUGGCAAUCCCAUUUGCAUAAAGUGUCAUAGUACUUGUUAAACCUGUCAAGGGUCAUAAAGUAAUUAAUGUACAUCUUGUGCUUCCUCUAAGCAAAAUGAAAUUAAACUCCAAUGGAUUACAAGAAUGCUAAAUUUGUAGCAGUAGUUGCUUAGAAUGCACUACUACUUCUACAAAUUGUACAUCUUGUAAUUCAGAUAGAUAUUAACUUCGGAAACAGUUGUUUAUGCAAAACAAAACUUUAAGGCAACUACCUAACUACAUAUUUAGAGCCAAUAACAAAACCGUUGUUAAAGUUGCCAUUAUAGUUGUCUAUCUUGUAGUGGUCCAUUAGUGAAUUAAUGUUCGUCUUGUUUGAACUCAGAAUCAAGAAUUUUAGUUGCUACAAGUUGUGUAUGUGCAGAAAAUACCUUUGAUAUCAGUGUCCCUAAUUGUAAAAAAUGUGAUUAUCGAUGUUAAGGAUGUACAAUAUUACCUUCACUAUGUAAAUCUUGCCCAUCUUCAAGCUUAAGGAUAUUUAAUCCUUUAAGCUCUUCUUGUGAUUGCCCUAGUUAAUAUUAUGAUGAUGGAGUUAAUAUUGUUUGUUAAAAAUGCCACUACUCUUGUUUGACCUGUAUUAUAACUUCGACCAGAUGUGAUUCAUGUUAAGUUAAUUCAUAUCGAACUUACAAUCCUUUAUUAUAAUCUUGCCUUUGUAAUGAUCAUUAUUAUGACUCUGGAAUUCCUAUUUGUCAAUAAUGCCACUAUUCUUGUCUGCUAUGUAAUGCUUUUGGCGCUGAUUAAUGUUUAAGCUGCUAACCAUAAACAACGUCAUUUAGAAUAUUUAAUGGAAAAGCCUGUGAAUGCCUCUUUGGAUAUUAUGAAGAUGGGUUUUCUUCAAUUUGUUAAAAAUGCUUUUAUAAAUGUUUAAGCUGCAUUACUUCAUAAACUUAAUGCACAUCUUGUGUAUAAACAAGAUAAUUAUAUCAAAAUCAAUGCUUAUGUGAUCCUGGUUAUUAUGAUAGUGGUCUAAGUAAUUGCAGUAAAUGUGAUUCAAAUUGUUACAAUUGCAAUUACAAUUCAAAAUUAUGUACGGAGUGUGAUUCAAAUAGCUUAAGGAUUUUGAACACAAAUAAUAAUACUUGUUAUUGUUAACCUGGCACAACUGAAAUAGAUGGAUUAUGUUAAUACUGUAAUAUCAAUUGUUAGACUUGCUCAAAUAGUAUUACAAAUUGUACAUCAUGCGUUCUAUCGAAAAUGCUAAUUAAUUCAAAAUGCGUUUGUAUAGACGGAACAUAUUUGUCGAAUGUUGAUAAUAAAUGCUAUAAUUGUAACUCUACUUGUGAAACUUGUGGUGGACAAGACUCAUUUUGCUUGAGCUGUUCUUUAGAUAAAAAUAGAAUUCUAAAUAAUAAAAAUCACACUUGCAUUUGUAUGGAUGGAUAUUAUGAAGAUUUAGCAAACAACUCUUGUUUGUAAUGCGAUAAAACGUGCUUAGCUUGCUUUGGAAAUUCUUCAAAUUGUUUACAAUGUGAUUCAAAUCUGAACCUAGAACUGAAUUAGUAAAAUCUAUGCGUUUGCAAAUCAGGCUACUUUUUUAAUCUCAUAGCCGAAUAAUGUUAAGUUUGCCACUUUAGUUGCACUGAAUGCUAAACUUAAACUUAAUGUUUAGCCUGUGAAUUAAUAACUAGAUAUUUUGAUAGUGAUACAUCAUAAUGCGUUUGCAAGGAUGGCUUUUAUGAAGUCAAUUAAAUUUCAUGUUUAAAAUGUCAAAGUAGUUGUAAAACAUGUUAGAUUUAGUCAAAUAAAUGUCUAACUUGUGAUACGUCUAAUUUUAGAUAUUUUUAAAUGAAUUCCUGCCCCUGUUUGGAUGGGUAUUAUGAUGUUGGAAUUGAAAUGUGCCAAAAAUGCAGUGAGUUUUGUAAAACUUGCUAAAUAAGUUCAACAAAAUGUUAAUCUUGUUUCCCAAAUCAUCUUCGCUCAGCAAAUCAAAAUGUUUGUACUUGCAUUCCUGGAUAUUUUGAUAAUGGGUCAUUAAUAUGCGAAAAAUGCUCAAAUUCUUGUUUAACUUGUAAAAAUCAAAAAGAUUAUUGCACUAGUUGUGAUAUUAAUUAAAAUAGAUUAGAUUAAUCUAUUAUUCACAAAUGUCCUUGCCUUUCUGAUUUUUAUCAGGAUUCUGAUGAAAUUUGCUAAAAAUGCCAUAUUAAAUGUUCUGGAUGUGUUAAUGAAAGAAAUAACUGCUAAAGCUGCAAAUAUAUCUAAGGUUCCAAUAGAUUAACAAUAUCAAAUUAGUGUAAUUGUAAAGAUGGAUAUUAUGAUGAUGAUGUUCAAAUUAUUUGUAAAAAAUGUGAAUAUCUUUGCAAAACUUGUGAAAAAGAUGCAAAAAAUUGUCUGAAAUGCUUCAGUAAUUUAAGAAUAAAUCCACCUGAUUGCUCAUGUGUGGAUGGCUACUUUGAAACAUCAUAGCUGGUUUGUGAAGCUUGCGAAUUUUAAUGCGAUACUUGCUAAACAGUACCCUCGAAUUGCUUGACGUGUAAGGAAGGUCGUAUAAACAAAUCGUGUGAUUGCGAAGAAGGAUAUUUUGAAGGUGGCCAAGUAUUAUGCAUUUAAUGUGACUUUUAGUGUAAAAAAUGCCUAAAAUAUUCAGCUAAUUGUUUAGCUUGUAAAGGUGAUAGAUUUGAAACUCCAUUCUGUCGAUGUUAGGAUGGAUUUUAUGAUGAUUUUUAAAGUGUAAAUUGUUUGAAAUGUGAUUACACUUGUAAAACAUGCUCUUUGUAUGCAUGUUUAACAUGCAAUGGCAAUCGAAUUUUAUCUAAUCAAAUGACUUGCGAUCCACCUCCAGAUUCAGUUAGCUCGCUUUUAACUCCUUGGUGUUCAAAUUGCGAAGUAGCUGUAAUGAAGAUUAAAUUAUCAGAUGAUCUGACAGCAAUUAUUGUCUUAUUUGAUUUCCCUCUCAAUCCAAAUUUCUUUUCAAUUUAACUUGAUAUCAAUGCUUGCUUUAAUAUCCUAACAUAGACUACUCUUUCUAAAUUAGGAAUAAACCCAACGUGUAAACUAGAUCCAGAUAAUUAACAACAAUUAAUUUUGAAUCUCGGUCGCAAUCCCACAAUUAUUCCAGGAGACAAUAUUGAUUUUUUGCCAGGUUCAUUUGGUCACAAAAAUUGUAAUAAUAAACUAUUGUAUUUCUUUCAUAAAUAAACUUGA